ACUUCACUUGAAUUGCAACUUCUUUAUAUGCUACUACCAGCAGAAUAUUUGUUUUUUUGUUCUGUAGUAUUGAUAUAUUUGUUUGAACUCAGAGGAUCUGAAUUUGAAAAUGUAUGCAAAUAGAUCUCACGAUGAAGGUCCUUCUUAUUAUUAUGAGAAUUACCAGUUAUCACAAGAUGAGAAUGAGGACGUGGUUCGUGCUAUUGAAUUCUCUCUUCAAGAGUCAAAGGCAGCAGAAGAGACAUAUACUAGCGAUAUGGAGUUUCCCCAGAAUGAUGAAGUAGAAGAACUUACACAAGCGCUGGAAGAAAGCACAUUAUCUUCUAUAGACUUGAGCACCAGUGCUGGCGGCAGAGAUCUGAAAUGGUGGAAACUUUUCAAGGAGUUAAAUCCAUUUGUCGAUUCGUCGAAGAGCACUUCUUUCUGGAGAAAGAGUAGAAAGCGGUGCAAUAUUCUUGUUUGUGAUGUUUGUGAAGAAGAGAUUUGCUCGGAUUGGUUAAGGUGUACAUACUGGGGUCAAACUUACUGCGAGAAGCAUAUAUCUGACGGAACUCCUCUCUGCUGCAGCUGUUCAAGAUUAAAGAUAGGAGACAUGAAGUAUAUCACUCUGAAUGACGGUCGGAAGCUUUGCCCUGAUUGUCACUAUACAGCAGUGACAGAUCCUGGAGACUGUAAGCCCCUUCUUGAUGAAGUUCUCAGAUUUUUUAAAGGAUUAAACAUGAAAGUCAGAUAUUACAUUCCAAUUCUCUUAGUUGAUGAAUACGAGAUGAUGAAAAAUGGUCAAAAGAAACCACUUGGCUUGACUAUCUAUGACAAAUCUAAAUUGGACGCCGUAACUUAUGUGUCAAGGUCAAAGCAAAACGGUGAAAAUAUACAAGUGUUGAAAGAAGUAGAGCAUCUGGUUGAAGGACGCAAAGUGAAGGCAAUGUUGCUUUUAUAUGGCUUUCCAAAGUUGGCCUUGGGAGCAACUUUGGCUCAUGAAAUGAUGCACGCCUGGAUGCAGAUUCAAGGAUACCAUAAAAGGCUGACCCUAAACGUAGCGGAGGGUAUUUGUGAAGUUAUGGCUCACAAGUGGCUAGAAUGGCAAUCUUUUACUGGUGAUGACAAAGUAAAGGGUGCAAGUGAAAAAGCUCAGUUCUUGAGAAAUCUGAAAGAUUAUCUGAAAGAGGGAAUAGAAAAAAACCAUUCUGAAGCAUAUGGUCAUGGAUUUAGAGAAGCGAAAUGGGCAGUUGAACGUUAUGGCUUAAGAUACACAAUGGAACAUAUAUCUCAAACAGGCAAGUUACCUGAGUGACUUAAUUUCAAUCAGUGUAACAUUGUUUUCAUGUUAGUUCAUUCAUCAUUUGGUGGAAACUGACGGCUCUUGGAUGAACAUUGCUAUGAAACACCUAUAAAGAAAAUUUAUACUCUUGAGACACCAAAUUCAGGUCAUGUAAGUACUUGGCUAAUAUAGAUUGGCGUGAACAAACAUUUCCUGCAGUUAUCUCAACCAACUAG